AUGCGAACACCGAUCCUCGUUCUGCUUUGUUUGACCAGCACCAUAGCUGUUAACUUAAUUGCAAACGACGUAGUGAGUGAUUAUGCCCAGGUGAAGGAACUGUUGCGCGAGUUCUACAGAAGAUCAGCUAGACGGUUCGGUCAUGACUAUGAUCCUAGCGCUAUUGAGAAAGCCGCUGUAUCAUUAGGAGACGACGGUACUGAAGCAACAGCUAAUCGCAAGAUAUGGGAAGAAGUGUUCGAAAACGACAUCGUUCUUUCACUUCCUCAGGCUGAAGCCCUGCUUGCUGAAAAAAGUUCUUUCCAAAACAAGCGUGGGAAGAGACAAGCUCUGCCAAAUCCCAACAACUUCUGGAAAUCGACGACCAUUCCAUAUGAACUAACUUACACUGAUUCUGCAUGGCAACAAACCAUUCGAAGUGCUCUGAGACACAUAGAAUCAAACACAUGCAUUCGUUUCCGUGAAAAUGGUCAAGGUGACGGUCUCCGUUAUUUCCGAGGAAAUGGUUGUUGGUCGAAUGUUGGACGCAUGGGAGGAAAGCAGCAAGUUUCAAUUGGUUAUGGAUGUGUUUCACUUGGAAUUGUUGCUCAUGAGACUCUUCAUGCUCUUGGAUUGUGGCACGAACAGUCUCGCGAUGACAGAGACAGCUAUAUCUCUCUCAGUACUAACUUCAUCAUCCGAGGAACGGAAGGAAAUUUUGAAAAGCGGUCAAGAACAACAAGCGACAACAUGGGUCAACUAUACGAUUAUGGGUCUGUUAUGCAUUAUGGACCGAAGUCUUUCACAACAAACUGGUCUUAUGACACCAUUAGAACACGCGAUGCCAAUUAUCAACAAACAAUUGGCCAACGAGAAGGAAUAUCAUUCAAGGAUGCUAAGAUGGUCAACCUCCGUUAUUGCUCAAAUGUGUGUCCAACAACAUUGAACUGUCAGAAUGAAGGAUACACUGAUCCUAACAACUGUUACAAAUGUCGAUGCCCACCUGGCUAUGGAGGCACUUUAUGUGACCGUGUGGAGGAAACUUCUUGUGGAGGUGAAAUCGUAGCUUCAGAUAGCUUUCAAACAUUCAGAAGUCCAAGCUUGAGUGCAAAUAUGAAUUGUGUUUGGAGAAUCAAGUCUCCUGCCGGACAAAGAAUUCAAGUUGCUUUCACAAGCAUGAGCUUCCCUUGUGCAGACUCUUGUUCCAGUUAUGUAGAAUUCAAAACAUUGAGAUCUAAGGCAUCAACAGGGGCUCAUUUGUGUUGUCGAAUACCUGCUACUUCUCUGGUCUCCGAAGAUGAUCAAGUUGUUUUGAUAAUGAAAGGAUCAUCUUCAGUAACAUCUGGUUACACAGGAUUCACAAUUCAAUACAAAUAUUUUGGAAGUGCAACUGUCGAGACUACAAGGUCUCCCAGUACUCCGAUGAUUGUCCAAACCUCUUUCCGACCAACAACUCCCUUACCUAAUACAGCAGUUCCAGAAUUCACGUCGUCCUCUCCAACUCCUACAGGCUCAUGGGGUAUUUGGGGAGCUUGGUCAAAUUGCAACAGACCUUGCGGUGGAUGUGGUACACGCCAAAGAGUCCGAGGUUGUUAUGGGGGAAACGGUUUAUGCAACGGAUAUAGCGUACAAUCUGUUAGUUGUAACCAACAGGCUUGUCCUACAUCCUCAUCUAAUAGAGUUUGUAAUGGUAGAAUAGUCCUUCCAUGUGAUCUUAUGCAAAAGCUAAGAUUCGGACAGUCUGAUGAUACGCAGUUGUCUCCUAUUGCUGAAAAGUCACUUCUACCACUUCCUAGAGAUCCUGGUGUUCCAGUCAUCCAGAAAAAACCUUUGACAACAGCGCAUGGAGCAGUACAGUACCGUCGGACUCAUGUGAAUUGCAUUCAUCGUCGGGCAUUGAACUCACCCGGACGAAUAAUCAAGCGUUAUCCUCCUCAGACUUACAACAAACAGGUGACUAGAGGAAAACGACAAACAGAUAACAUAUCAACCAAUCAUGGAAUUUGUGAAAAAAAAUUCACCUACGAAUGUCCCACAAACCUAUUGUCCAUUCAUGUUGGAUGGACUGAAGCUAAUGCUCCUCCUCAACAGGAGAGUUUGCCAAUUCAACGAGCUGUUGAUGAGCCCUCCUGCUGUUCAGGUUAUUACUUGAGCGGAGGAUACUGUUAUAAGAAUUAA